AUGGCAAACUCCACUUGCUUUGUAAACCUUUUAGCCAGCCAAGGGUGUGUUGAGCUUGACUCAUCGGAACCUCUUUGCUUUAGCAGCCAAUGUUCCGAUGAGUCUACUGUCAAAGAGAGGAGAAAAUGGGCACCAAAGGAGGAUAUAAUCCUCAUUGGUGCUUGGCUCAACACCAGCAAAGACCCAAUAGUCGGUAAUGAACAAAAAGCUGGUAAGUUCUGGAAGAGGAUUGUAGAGUACUACAACUGCAGUCCUCUACUAGUUGGGACAAUCCCAAGAGAACUUGGGCAAUGCAAGCAAAGAUGGGCUAGGAUCAAUGAUUUGGUGUGUAAGUUUUCUGGCUGCUACGAGACGGCACUGAGGGAGCAGAGAAGCGGGCAAAAUGACAACGAUAGAGAGCUUAGGCAUGUUGUGAAAUGGUGCUCCACCUAUCUCGAGAAGGACAGUGGUAGGGAGAAGCGCAAAGAAGUUCAUUCUGAUGCUCAAGGGUCAGUCGCAGAGCCAGAAGAAAGACCCAUAGGAGUUAAGGCAGCUAAGGCUGGUAGCAAGAAGAAGAAAAGUGGAAAAGAAGAAGAAUUGAGAAAGAUAGAAGGACUGUUGGAGAUCAAAAAACAAAUCUCUAGACAAAAUGUGCUAGAGAGUUUGCUUGCAAAGACUGAGCCACUAGAUGACAUGGAAUUAGCUCUGAAAAUGAAACUUAUCUCUGAAAUGAUGUGA